AUGAGUCUCGCCGAUGCCGUGCAACAGACACUGUCCGCUCUGAGCAGUGACCCAGUCAUCGAAUACGGAGAGCCGAUUCAAGAACUGCUUUUCAAUAAGCCAAAAGAUGCCAUCACCAUCGCUUAUGAAGAACUGAAUGUGUUCCCAUUGCACAGGGUUCCUGAAUGCUGGCAUAGCCUUUACACCGACGCAUCGAUCGUGAAAGCAUGCUAUCUUAUCAUUCUCAACUGUGAUCUCGCCCCACAGGAUCCUCCUUCGGCAGAGAAAGCCCAAAUAAACAUAGAAAAACUCAUCGAAGAGCUUAAAGGUUACAAACAAUCUACAAAAAUCAAUCUCGAAGCUAGCUGGGUGAAAGAGGCCACCCAUGCCCUUGACAUGGCAUUGAUCAUGACGGGUGGACGUGGUCGCGAGCAGUGGAUCAAGAAGUUGUUUGCUGAGAUCAAGCUGGCCGCAGACAAAUGGGACGAUGAGCUGGCUACAUCGGAGGAACCUGGUAAACCAGAGGGUCCUCCCCAAAAGCGACAAAAGAUCGUGCCGGACAUGGCACCUCCCAUGUUUCCCCCCACCUCAAUUCCCGAACCCCGCUUGGAUCAUCCCAUUCCCCGGGUAUCAAAUCCCACCAUGGCGUACAUGGAGAACCACAUCGAAAAGCUCCGGACUCCACUUGUGAUAACUGAUAAUGUCGACCACUGGCCUGCAAUGAACACCCGGCCCUGGGCUUCGCGUGAGUACUGGUGGAAUCGCACACUAAACGGCAGACGUCUGAUUCCCGUGGAAGUCGGUAGGUCGUACACAGAUGAAGAAUGGGGCCAGAGAAUCAUGGAGAUCCGAGAAUUUACUACAAAGUAUCUCUGGAAUGACCACCAAGAGGACCAGUCAUCUAUUGAGCAAGAGUCUGGGGAGACAGGUUAUAUGGCACAACAUGACCUUAUGCGCCAGAUUCCUGAGCUCCGCAAUGACAUUGCAGUUCCCGACUAUUGCUACAUUGACCCACCUCGUCCGGAGCCUGAAACCCCAGUGUAUCUUGCGAAACGACGAAAGCAGACCGAGCUGAAGGCUCAGACCGCCGAGACACAGCAACUUGCCACCAACCCCGAGGAGGAGCAGCAAUCACGAACACCGCCAUCUAUUGACGAUGAGUCCGACCAUAGCUCACAGACGACCAUCCCUAGUGAGCCUAUUAUCAAUACCUGGAUAGGCCCCUCGUGGACCAUCUCUCCCUUACACCAUGAUGCCUACCACAACAUCCUAGUACAGGUCGUCGGUACUAAGUACGUCCGUCUCUACUCUCCGCAUACCCCAGCUUCACAAAUCCAUCCCCGUGACUCUGAGUGGGUAACGUCAGCUCCGGAGAAGGGUGCGCCAGACCAGAAACCCAAGAAGAGACUCAUUGACAUGUCCAACACCUCCAAGGUCGACAUCGCAGCCAUGGAGCUUUCACCUGCCGAGGCUGAACACUGGGAGGAGCAAUGGCCUGGUUUCCAGGACGCGGAUUAUGUUGAGACUGUCUUGCAUGAGGGUGAGUGCUUAUACAUCCCGAUCGGAUGGUGGCACUACAUCCGUGGAUUGCGUGCCGGCGCUAGUGUUAGCUUCUGGUGGGAGUCAAUUACUCCUUGA